AUGAUGUUGUUGUCUGGAGGGCUCCUUGCGCUCGCCAGCGCGGCGACGACGGUCGCUGCCGAGGCGUAUACUGUGCCGGCUAAGGCGAACCCCCUGGGCGAGCCGUUUGACGGCUUCGUGAGCUACUCGCUUGAGUUUUCGUCGUUUCCCGAGUUUGCAGGAAACAAGUCCCACCCCAACACCUACUCGGGCAACCUCCUCGCCAACCUCGCCCGCCUCUCCACCACGCCCUACAUCCGCGUCGGCGGCAACACCCAAGACUACGCCCUCUUCGACGCCUCGCAGGCCGCCGCCCUCGUCGGCGUCGUCGACCCCUCCCGCUCCCCCGACUACCCCACCACCAUCACCAUCGGCCCGGCCUACUUCGAGUCCUACGCGACCUGGCCCGUACUCGACGUCCGCUUCUCCCACGGCUUCAACAUGGGCCUCGGCGGCAACCGCUCCGCCGGCUGGCAGACGCUCCUCGACACCGUGCCCCUGGCCUGCCGCGCGCUCCGGGACGGCGACAGGCUGUACACGUGGGAGUACGGCAACGAGCCGGACCUGUUCAGCACGUCGGCGCAGGGCCCCGUGAGGCCGCCGACCUGGGAUGAGGCUACGUACGUCGCGCAGUGGCUCAACGCGACGAGGCACAUCCGCGAGUCUGUGAGGAGGAACUGCCGUGGCACUGCUCCGCCGCGGUUCAUGGCGCCGUCCAAUGCGGGCGUCAGCAAUCAUCUCAAGGCGUCCGCGAUGUGGUCCGCCGGCCUGAAUCAGGAUAAUGAUAUUGAGCUCUUUUCCACCCACAACUACAUCAGCGGCGCGACGUCCCCCGGCGUCACGCUUCAAGGGACCCUCAUGAACCACACCAAGACGAUGCAGUCCGUGGACGCGCACACCAAGGAGUACGACGCCAUUUUCCCCGGCGCACGCGCUGGCGGCAAGAGCAGCACCAGCAGCAGCAAGGCGCCGCCGCUCAUCUUUGGCGAGACCAACUCGCUGUACAACCAGGGCAAGCCCGGCCUGUCCAACUCGUUCGGGGCCGCCCUCUGGGGCGUCGACUUCAACCUGUACUCUGCGUCGGUGGGCUUCAAGCGCGUCCACAUGCACCAGGGCACCAACUACCGCUACCAAGCCUGGCAGCCCGUGAUGACGGCCCUCGACGUCGUCGGCACCAAGGCGCCCUACUACGGAAGCGUCGCCGUCGCCGCCAUGGUCCGCCCCGUCAAGAAGAAGUCGUCGCUCGUCAGUAUCUCCGCCAUCACCCUAGGUGCCGACUCCGCCGAGGCCGCGUACGCGGCGCACUACCACCCCGUGGGGCGCAAGAGCAGGGACGAGGCGCGCCUCGCCCGCGUCAUGGUCAUCAACAUGCACGGGUACAACACCACGGUCGGCGGCGCGGGCCUUGAGCCGCUCCCGAACCCACCUGCGCGCACGAGCAGGAAGUACGCGUUUGCCGUCGGAGGCGCUGGCGUCAGGGAUGGCGCGAGGGUCCGCGUCCAGCGGCUGCUGGCCAACGGUAGUGAUGCCAUCACCGGCAUCACGUUUGACGGCUGGAGCUACAACUGGGACCUGGAUCGGGGCAAGCCUGUGAGGCUGCACAACGUGACUGUCGGCGAGACCGUCAGGGUCAAGGGCGGGCAGGUGUCGGUCGACGUCCCAGAUUCGUCUGCAGUGCUGUUGUCGUUUGGCGACUGUUGA